AUGGAGCUGUCUGCCGUGGGCGAGCGGGUCUUCGCGGCCGAAUCCAUCAUCAAGCGGCGGAUCAGGAAGGGGCGCAUCGAGUACCUGGUGAAAUGGAAGGGGUGGGCCAUCAAGUACAGCACCUGGGAGCCCGAGGAGAACAUCCUGGACGCGAGGCUCAUCGCCGCCUUCGAGCAGAAGGAGAGGGAGCGUGAGCUGUACGGGCCCAAGAAGAGGGGACCCAAGCCCAAAACUUUCCUCCUGAAGGCGCGGGCCCAGGCCGAGGCCCUCCGCAUCAGCGAUGUGCACUUCCCCGUCAAGCCGAGCGCCAGCGCCUCCUCGCCCAAGCUGCACUCCAGCGCCGCCGUGCACCGGCUCAAGAAGGACAUCCGCCGCUGCCACCGCAUGUCCCGCCGGCCGCUGCCCCGCCCGGACCCCCAGGGCGGCAGCCCGGGCCUGCGCCCGCCCAUCUCGCCCUUCUCCGAGACCGUGCGCAUCAUCAACCGCAAGGUGAAGCCGCGGGAGCCCAAGCGGAACCGCAUCAUCCUGAACCUGAAGGUCAUCGACAAGGGCGCCGGCGGGGGGGGCGCCGGGCAGGGGGCCGGCAACCUGGCCCGCCCCAAAGUGCCCUCCCGGAACCGCGUCAUCGGCAAGAGCAAGAAGUUCAGCGAGAGCAUCCUGCGCACGCAGAUCCGCCACAUGAAGCUGGGCGCCCUGGCGCUGUACAAGCCGCCCGCGCCCGGCGCCCUGCCCGCCCCGCCCGGCAAGGCCGACCCGGCCGCCCCCGCCCCGGGGCUGCUCCUGGCGGCCCCCGCCGCCUCCUACGAUGCCCGCAGCUCCAGCUCCUCCGGAUGCCCCUCGCCCGCACCACAGUCCUCCUCCGACCCCGACGACGCGCCCCCCAAACUGCUCCCCGAGACCGUGAGCCCAUCUGCCCCCGACUGGCACGAGCCCGAGGUGCUCGACCUGUCCAUCUCUCCCGAGGCGGCAGCCGCCGGCAAGCGGGCCCCCCCCAGCGCCCCUCCGUGUGCGGGCCAGGAGCCGGCCCCCGCCCCCGAGCCCGCGGGCGCCGCCGAGCCGGAGGCCGGGGACUGGCGCCCCGAGAUGUCGCCCUGCUCCAACGUGGUCGUCACUGACGUCACCAGCAACCUCCUGACCGUCACCAUCAAGGAGUUCUGCAACCCCGAGGAUUUCGAGAAGGUGGCCGCCGGGGUGGCAGGCUCUGCCGGUGGGGGCGGCAGCGGCGGGCUGAGCAAGUGA